AACUGCCGCACCGCACCCCAUGGAGUUGCAGCUGUCAUCUUUUCUGUUUGUUGUCUUCAGCGCCUUCCUUCGGUUCUAUUUUUGCCAUGUCCCGUGUUCGAGUUCGUCGUGAUCGCUCUGGUGGCCAUGGGAGUGGGGCUAAGGGUACCACAGCAAAAGGCAUGGCCAGACGAGCCAUCAUUGGAUGCUCGAUUUUUGUGUGCGGGAUGAUGGUGGUCUGGUUGGAUCGGAAACAAACGAGUGCCCUGCAAGGCAUGUCUCGCUUUUUGGAACACUCAAUGCCAAUGAGUACCGAUACAACCAAUCAUGAACAAGCAAGCAAAGGACCCCUUCACGCCCGAGGAGAACUUCGUCCCUAUUGUGAGGGGACCACAGACUACUUUCAAGAGGAAAAGUUGGAGAGUGCCAUUUCGCAGGCUCGAUUUUUCCACACACAAGGUGGAAGUUUGAAAUCUGUCCAAUCUCUCAUGGAUAGUAAUAUUGACGCCACAGUGAAACAGCUGAAUGUCACCUUCAUUCCCAAGGGUAUGCAGAAAAGCCAAGGAACUCAAGAUGUAACCCAAUAUCUCAAAUCUUACUAUGCUCAGAACUAUGACCCUCGUGGAGGAUAUGGAAAACUGCUUCCAGGAGAGUACACAAAAGAGAAUCCAAUGAUUUUGGAAGGACGUUAUGUACAGGUUGUAGAUCCAGAUGCCACAAGAGAACGCUGGGAUUAUUCUCUCGGACCUCAAGACUUGGCUUGUCCAAACUUGCUCAGAAUGGGAGGCCGAGGAGCCGAUGGCACCAAAUGGUAUUGUCAACCAAUGCAGAAACAGGGGAAACCCAGCAGUAAUGAGAACAACAACCAUUUGCGGCGUCUAUCAACUGAUAAUGCCAGAAGCAGCAAAAAUGACUGCCACAUUAUCAGUAUCGGUGGCAAUGACAACUGGACGUUUGAGUUGCAAGUGGUGAAAAUGUUACCAGGAUGUGUUACCCACACUUUUGACUGUACCCUUGAGAAUGGAACACCCAAGCAAAAACCUGACAGAGACGACAUUCGAUUCUACAACUACUGCAUUGAUAGCAAAGAAAGAAAGGAUGAGCAUGGACGACACUAUAUUACCUACUUUGACAUUGUCCAGAAGGCUCAGCUGAAGGUACCACCCCACAUGUUCAAGAUUGAUGUUGAGGGAUAUGAGUAUGAUGUCUUCUCCUCCAUGAUUCAACAAGCCAAUAGUGAUGAUGAAAUGACAAUCAUUACCAAGAACAGUGAUGGAACAACAAACACAGCACACCAUCAACCUUCCUAUUGGUUGCCCCAACAAAUCAUGGUGGAGCUACACUGGGCAACUCGAAUGACUGGUGUCAGCUGGAUGCCAAGGUCACGAACCACCGCAGAAAUUGCUCUACUCUCCAACAUGAUGUUUACGGGAGGUGGAUACAUGCCCACAUUUCGGCGGUGGAUAAGGUUUUGUCCGUCAUGCAUUGAAGUUCUCUACUUUCGAACGUUGUGCUAGCCACUUUGCUACUGGGGUUGCAAAGGACAAGAAUUGCUACAGCUUGGCAAACAUAGAGUACUUGCAAGCUCGAUAGAAAGAUGUAUAAUAAAAGUGUAUCAGCAGCUUCGUGUGAUAAAACAAUACGCGGACACUUAC